GCCAACAGCGGUAGCACUUUUUCGCGGUAAAAUGAAAUGUGCAUCUAAUGUUGGUCAGAUUUAUUCAAAGCUCUCUCACAUAUUCCGCCAAACUAGCUCGGAGUUAGCUGCUGAAGCUCGUAUUUAAAAAUCGCGCUGUUGAAAGAAUCAGGUCGUCGUCGUUGUUAUGAAGUGAAAGCAAAGCUAACGCUACAGUGGACCUGCUGACUUUUGAUCUGCUCCACAUUUACGACAGGAUUCAGUAAAUACACAGCUCCAAAACAAUGGCACUAGUAACCGCAGAAAACCUAAGAUCAGAGCUGGAAAUGUUCGGCAUACCCUGCCAGGAAGACUCGGUCCUCGACAAGAUGGUGGAGCAGUGUAUUUGUAGCAGGAUACAGGCAGAUGAGAUGGUGCUGGAGUGGGUAGCAUUCAGCACCACAAAAAAUGGAUUAAAACUCACCAUGGACACGCUGGAGCAAUUCGAACAUGAGGUGUUAAACAAAAAGAAUAAAUCCAAACAAAGCUUCAGAAAAGAUGAAAUGCACAACAGAACCAGAGACAUCCACACACUGCAGGAUCUAAUCAAAGCUGAGGAAGAGGAGGACAAUCUACUAGACUCUUACUCUACUCCUGCGAAGGGCUCUCAGAAACGAGCACUGACCACUCCUGAACACCCUCAUUCAAAGAGGAGUGCAGCUCUCCUGACCAGCCCGGGACUCCUGCUAUCUCCUGCCAGCUUCUCUCCCAGUGCAACUCCCUCACAGAAGUACAGCCAGCGAGGAGGAAAAGGGGAGGUGGUGGUUACGUUCGGGGCCGUGCAGGGCACCCGCUGGGUAGGCAGGAAGGCUCCGGGUGUAGGCGUCCAGCUGGAGCUGCUGGAAGCUCCUGAAGACUCCCUCCGCAGCAGCUACAAGUACAUGUUCCAGAGGUUGCGAGACGUUCGAAAUGUGCUGACAGACAAGAUAGAGGAGUUGGGAGAAGCCCUCAAGUCUCACUUCACCAUUGAAGAGUUCUCCCCUGUCUCUCUGCCUGCGCAGGACAGUAUAACAGUGUUGGGGCAGGUGUGCUGUGACAGUAACGGCAAACUGAACGCACAGUCGGUUCUGUUGGAGGCGGGACCAGAGCAAGGUGGCCAUCAAGUACCUGUUGACCUAUCAGAGCUCAAAGAGUACUCCCUGUUUCCUGGCCAGGUGGUAGUGAUGGAGGGGAUGAACACAACAGGAAGAAAACUGAUGGCUUCCAAGCUCUAUGAGGGUGUCCCGCUUCCUUUCUACACUUCUGAGAUAAAAAUGGAAAUGGGUGAAGAGCCGGUGAAUGUACUGGUGGCCUGUGGACCAUACACCCCUUCUGACAGCCUGACCUUUGACCCUCUGCUGGACCUAAUCAAUGUCAUUGUCAGGGAUCGCCCUGAUGUCUGCCUGCUGCUGGGCCCGUUUGUGGACUCUAAACAUGAACAAAUUGAGAAAGCUCAAGUGACUGAGACGUUUGAGGCCAUUUUCUCAAGAUGUAUCGAAAGCAUCGUUGAUGGCACCAAAAGUGUUGGCUGCCGUCUGGUGUUUGUUCCCUCCCAGAGAGACAUCCACCACCAUUUCAUCUACCCACAGCCUCCCUUCACCCUGCCAAACCUCAGCAAGGACCAGGCUCAGCGUGUCACCCUGGUCCCUGACCCCUGCACCCUGCUGAUCGACGGCGUGACCUUUGGCUUGACGUCCACUGACAUCCUGUUCCACAUGGGUGCAGAGGAGAUCAGCUGUGGCACGGGAUCGGACAGAUUUUCACGCAUACUGAAACACAUGCUGACCCAGAGGAGUUACUACCCACUGUACCCGCCUGUGGAGGAGGUUAACAUGGACUAUGAGAAGUUUCAGAGCUUCGGUCAGAUACCUCUCACCCCCGACGUCCUCAUCAUUCCCUCUGAGCUGCGCUACUUUGUAAAGGAAGUGAUUGGCUGUGUUUGUGUCAAUCCCGGACGGCUGACCAAAGGCCAGGUGGGUGGGACCUACAGCAGGCUGCUUAUUCAGCGCAGCGCUGCAUCAGAGGACGGGAAGAGAGUGAGCCCCUGUUUGGCUGCUCAGGUGGUGAAAAUCUAGCAGGAAUAAAGACUUUAAAUUCUCACUGUCAUCAGAAGUGACCUGACUUUAACCAGGACCAGUUUGGACUCUGAUGUAAAAUAUGCAAAAGAAAGAAACAAAACUUGUACUGUUGAAACCAGCUGGCCCAUUGGUCUGUUUUUAUAUGACAAACAUGUUGGGGUGUACUCUUCUCUUGUUGUUGUGAGGGCUGUGGUUGAAUAGCAGUCACUCAGGUACAGCAAAAAUAAUCUUUUUCAAUAAAUUAUUGUCACCCUUUG